AGAGGCUAUAUUCAAAUUUGGAUGUAAAAAUGCAUGAACGAGUUAUCCAUCUACACAUUAAAUUGUAAGGGGGAGGGUUGAUAUAUAUGAUUUACGGAGAUGAACGAGUGAAAACCACCGGAUAAUCCCGAGCAUGCGCGGAAUGCGCGAGUGUACUCCGUCACGGAUGCUGCAGAAGAGCAGGUCCAUCCAUUAUGCUGUUAUUGUUUUAACAUAGCAGCAAUGAAGCGCAGAUUGUUUAUUCUUAAACACAUGCAAAUCUGACUGCUAAUUCCAACAUGGCGCUGUUUGUGACGAUAUUUCCAUACCGCUAAACGAUGGCGUCAUUGGAUUCUGCCGCGUCAUCAGAGGGCCGGCCGGCGCUGCGUCUGGUUCUGCUGGGGCGGACGGGCUCGGGCCGCAGCGCCAGCGCCAACACCAUCCUGGGGCGCUCCGCCUUCCCUUCCUCCGCCUCCCCCCGCUCCCUCACCCACCACUGCCAGACGCACAGCGGCACCGCGAUGGGUCGGAACCUGGACGUGACCGACACGCCGGGGCUCUUCCACACGGGCCUCUCCCCGCAGGAGGUGACAGAGGAGCUGCUCCGCGGCCUCCUGGUGCUGGCCGCCCCGGGACCCCACGCCCUCCUGGUGACCCUGCGGCCGGGCCGCUACACCCAGGAGGAGCGGCGGGCCCUGGGGUGGCUGAGGGCCGUGCUGGGGCCCCGGGCGCCCGAGUUCACCCUGCUCCUCCUCACCUGGGGGGAGGAGGGGCUGCAGGGCCGCGGGCCCGGGGACUUCCUGGAGGAGAGCGAGGAGCUGAGGGAGUUUGCGCGGAGCUGCCGCGGCGGAUGGCACCUGCUGGAGAACAGGGGAGGAGAGGCCGGCCGGCGGGAGCAGGGGGGGCAGGUGCAGACGCUCCUGGAGAAGGUGGAGAGGAUGGUGGAGGAGAACGGGGGGGGUUUCUAUAGCAACGAAAUGCUCCGUGACGCAGGGGGCUCCGUCCGGGAGGUGCAGGAGGAGAGGAUUCCGGGAGGUAAAAAAAGCUGGGAGGACCUAGGAGAGGAGGAGGCGAGGAGAGGAGGGAGAGAGGAAAGGAGGGGAGAGGAGAGGAGAUGGAGUAGCGUGGAUGAUAGAGGGAGAAGAGAGGAGGAGGAGAGGAAGAGGGAGGAGGAGGCAGCCAGGCGGAAAGAGGAGAGGGAGUUCUGGUCCGAGCUAUUGACGGCGGUGGGGAGGGGGGCAGCGGAAGGGGCGGGGUUAUUAGAGAAGGGGGAGGGGCAAGCGGGGAAGAUGCCUGGGAUAGGAAAGGCCCUGAAGAAGGUCAGUACCAUGGCAACCUCGCCGCUGUCAGUCACCUCGGCGGCCAGAGCGGUGGGUGGGGCCGUGAGAGAGGGGGGGAGGGUCUUAUUCAAACACCGCAAGGCACUCCGGCCCUGAUGCCCUGCGUGCGUGCUCGUGUGUUCUACGGAUGUGCACAGAAGGGAUUAACCCUCAUACUUACUCAUGGACAAACUCAUUCUGCAUGUUACAACAAGACACUUCAAAAUAUAUCAUCUUGUGACAUCACAGUGGUCAAGUGGUCCAACCGUGUUUGUUUGAGCCCAGUGGCCCGCCAUGACCCCGUUUGUGCAUCCCUGGCAGAAGCGACCAACAUGUUGUUCCUCUUGUGAACUAUAGGUGGCUCAAGGUGGAUGUGGUCAGCAUUCUAACUUAAUGGGAAGUGGACAAUGAGUAGCUAAUACAUUUACUCUAUUUUCUUUUUCUAUCUCAGUGGCUAGGUCCUCUGCAUAUUAUGUAUUUUGAGAUGUCCGGUUUUAUUUACUCAAGAAAUUAUUCUAAUUUGUUUUGGACAUAUGCUUACUAUGCAGGCCAUUCAAUUCCUGCCGUCAAUGUGCCAAAUAAUCAUGGUUUAAGCUGCUUGAUUGAUUCCUCAAAGACAAAACCAUUUUCACCAGCUUGUUAACGAUUCUUGGACGGAACUAAACCAUGGUGGGUAUCCUUGUUUGUGUGCCUGGUUUGUGUGUGACAUCCUGGUGUGUCACUCUAACAACUCAACCACACCUUGUUAACACAGCAUCCAUCUUGAAGAACAUAAGUCCAUUCAUUUAGUUCAGGGUGAAUAUCACACACACACACACACACACACACACACACACACACACACACACACACACACACACACACACACACACAUAGUUCAAACUAAAUCUGAGACAAUACAAGGAUUAUGUUGAUCAAUGAUGGUUUCAUGAAAUACAGUUUAGUGCGGGCAGUUUAGCAUGAGAGAUGUUUACGAACAUUGAUACAAUUUAAGUAACAUACUUUGGAGUGAAAAAUGUGACACUUAUAAAAUCUCGACAUAUAAAGAUGUUCAAUUUUGAAAGGAAUAGAGUACUUUACACAUCAGGUGAACACAUUUUUACUGCUUUCAGUUGUCUCUAUGGACACAGGUGGCAAGUUAGGGAAGGAAACGGCCUACAAAAGUGAUGAAAAGCAGUUUAACACUCAGUAUUUUUUUAUAAUAAAAGUUCUACACAGACACGCAAUCACACCUGUUGUAG